AUUCAUCGUCUCAUCAAAACAAAAACAUCUCUUUGUGAGCUUGUCGUGGCCUCCGCAGAGCCGUCCUCAAUAUGACCGCGACAUCACGGCAGAUAUAAGAGUCCGGGCAUGAGGGGCUCGACAUGGAGCCGCUGAGUCAAACGGAUGUUUCUGUGUAGUUUUUAGAAAGUGUCGUAACGUUAGAUUAGCUGGUGAGCUCAGUUAGCUCUUAGCUCUCGCUGUCCCUGUCCAUGGCGUCCUCAGCGGGACUCCCACCGCUCGGCCCGGACCGCGCCGCUUCGUCCUCCGGCCCUCAUUCCGGCGGGAGGCCGCCUCUUCGCCCCUAUCACCCCCAUCAGGCCCACUCCACCCCAGGCUGUGUGAUGGUGGAGUCGGUGGACGACGCGGAGGGUCUGUACGUAGCGGUGGAGCGGUGCCCCCUGUGCAGCACCUCCCGCCGCAGGCUUACCUGUGCCCGGUGCGUCCGGGCCGGGGACUUCGUAUACUUCGACGGGAGGAACACUGAAAGAUACACUGAAAAACUGGAGCGGCUGAAGAAGGCGAAGGAAGAGAAGGAGCAGCUGCAGCAGAGGGUCAUCCAGGCCAUGGACAGGAAGCUGCAGGCCGACGGCAUGAAAUGGAAGAUCAUGUCCUGUAAGAUGAAGAUCGAGCAGCUGAAGGAGGCGGUCGCCAGGGGCAACGAGGAGGUGAAGAGCGAUAAGGACCACCUCCUGCGCUCUCAGGAGGAGGGUCAGCGGCUGCAGCGCCGCGCCGGACGUCACCAGGAGAAACGGGAUAAAAUCGAGCGCCACAACCUUCGCCUGGGGGAUCUGCGGGAGCGCCGCGGGCAGGAGCUGCAGGGCCGGGAGAGCCAGCUGGCGGCGGCGAGGCGGGAUCACAUCCUGGAGCUCACCACGCACAUCUUCCCCACACAGGAGGAGAAACAGGGCAGCAGAGACCCUGCAGACGUGGUGGCGGAGUGCGACCCCGCCUUGACCUCCAGCACGGUGAGCGAGCUGGCCGAGGCUCGGAGGACCACCUACCUCUCAGGACGCUGGAUCUGGGAUGACCAGAACGGAGAGACCAGCAUCAGCAUCACCGGACCCCCCGUCACCCUGCCCAGCAACGGGGACUGCUCCGCCUACUACAGCUGGGUGGAGGAGAAGAGCACCAAUCAGGGCCCAGAGUUGGACCACAUCAACCCGGCUCACACCAUCAGUGCUGCUCUGUGUUACGCCACACAGCUCGUCACCAUCCUGUCCCACAUCCUGGACGUCAACCUGCCCAAGAAGCUCUGCAACAGUGAGUUCUGUGGAGAGAACCUGAGUCGAUACCGUUUCACCAGAGCUCUGACUAAACUGAACACCAACAUCCUCCACCUCUGCUUCUCACAGCAUGUAGACAGCGAGAAGCUCCACCCUCAUCACACUCUGAGGAACAUCAUGUUUCUGGUUUCCCCCGACAACGACAACCUGGGCAGGACGGGUCCCUUCGAGGUGAGUGCUGACCUGGAGGAGUCGAUGGAGUUUGUGGAGCCGGAGGCGGCGGGGCCGGCAGAGGAGAGCGGCGAUGAGGCGGUGACGGACGAGGAGACAGACCUGGGGACGGACUGGGAGACGGUGCCCAGUCCUCGAUUCUGUGACAUCCCAUCACAGUCCAUGGAUCUUUCCCAGAGUGCAUUGCAGGUCUCCCAGCCCUCUGCGAACACUGGAGGGAUGAUCUCGUCCGCCGCUGCCUCCGUCACCUCCUGGCUGAGAGCUUACACCGGCCAGCGCUGAUCGGACAGGCUGAACCGGACCAGAACCAUUCUGGUCCGGUAUAGACUGGUGAAGAUCUGGAACCCCUUGAGGUCUCAGACAUUGGCCUGGGUUUGGAGAAGACUGGACUGGGGUCAGAGGUCUGAGGUCAGGCUGGCAGGCCAGAGGUCAGCAGGUUGAUCAGACUCAUUUAAAGUGUACAGCUGCUCUGAACAGCCAAUCACAGUCAGAUUAUCAAGAUUAGGAAACUUUAUGGUUUAAAAGCUCAAACACUGAUACGACACACCUGUCAGAACACCUGCAUCCUUUGUUUUCUGUGUGAACCUGAAGACCAGCUGCUUCCGGAGCUUCCUGAGACACCAAAACUGUCGACAUCAGACCAGAUUUAGUCUCUAAUGGUGAAAUAAAGACCAGAGAAACUAGACUGGCAGGUACACCACGGUCCGGGUACACCAGGGUCCAGGUACACCAAGGUCCGGGUACACCAGGAUCCAGGUACACCGGGGUCCGGGUACACCAGGAUCCAGGUACACCGGGGUCCGGGUACACCAAGGUCCGGGUACACCAGGAUCCAGGUACACCGGGGUCCGGGUACACCACGGUCCGGGUGCACCAGGAUCCAGGUACACCAGGGUCCAGGUACACCAAGGUCCGGGUACACCAAGAUCCGGGUACACCGGGAUUCCAGGUACACCGGGGUCCAGGUACACCACGGUCCAGGUGCACCAGGAUCCAGGGUCUCGACCGCCUAAGAAAGGCCUCUCAUCGUGAACAUUUGUUUGUCUUUAUAAAUUUUUAUUAAACAUUAAUACAAGUUUUAUAAGAUGCCAAAACACACACACACACACACACACAGUGGACGAUUUAAUCUGAACAGUCACUCGUCUCAUUGAGCUCCUGAACUGUUGAACUUUGUUUUGACUUUUGAAUAGAGAGACUUUACGUAUGGCCGUUUUCUCGUCAGGAUGUAAAAACUGGUUCUUGUCACACUCUGACGAGUGUUUGUGUGUUUCAGGAUUGUGGUUUGAGUUCAGGCUCGUUACUGAUUCCAGCUCAUUCUAAUCGUAUUCUGGUGAUGAUUCACCGAGUAACUCGAAGAACAUCCAGAAAAGAUCCUCUGUGAGGGAAGACGCUCCACUCUGUCGCAGCCAGAGUGAGACCUCUUCUCUCCAGGUGAUCUCAGGUCACAUCCUGCAGGUGACCUUCAUUCACUUCAGAUAAGUUCAGAUUCAUCGUUUUCACUCAGCUUGUGAAAGAUAAGAUGUCAGAUUUCUGAUCUACAGCUGUUAUUUCAACACGUCAGAAACAUUCAUCAAUGUUUAAAGACAUUUAUCAAUAUCAGAUCAGACCCAGUGUCAGCAGGUGAUCGAUAUUUAGAGAUCUGGAUCAGAACAUUUCUAACUGUGACUCCUGUGGAGGCAGCUGAACGAACAGAUCCUGAACGAGAACAUACAGCUGUAACAUCUGUUCUGAGCCACUCGUUAAAUGUUUGUAGUGGAUGAAGACAAAGUGACGAUGAAGAAUCAGUCUCCACCUGUCGACCUGCCUGCCUGUCUAUCUGUCGGCCUGUCUGUCUGUCUGUCUGUCUGUCUGUCUCUCUCUCUCUCUCUCAGUCUGCCACCUGUCUCUCUGCUCGCUGGGAAAGUUUCUGCUUUUCAUUUUGAUGAUUCUUUGUUUUUCCUGCUUCGUGUGAUGGCGGGAGCCAACUAACAGAAAAACGUUGGUUGCCACGGCGAUAACAUGAAAGUGGCGAGAGAAUCUGACACACGGCAACACGCCGUUCACACCGGACAACAAACCACGAACUGGACUGAAUCUGGUUUUUCCCUUCUGAAGACCAGGUUCGGGUGACCUGGACGUGUCACGUGUGACGGGUUAGACAGGUGAGCCGGAGACGAAGCAGCGACACUGAUGGAGCGGCGGUGACGUGUUGCUUCUUCCUGUUAAAGGACAAAAUGACUCACAGGAUGUGUGAAAUGUUCUGUUGCCAUCAGAAAGAUCUGAUUUCAAAUAAAAUCCUGUUUUCUGGA